UGGCGUCGACGGUCAUUGGCUUCGUUAGAUUUAGAUGUCCGGGACUUUUUGACGUACGCUGGUUCGGUUCGAUUGGACAUUCGUGCACUAGAGGAGCUCGUACGGCACGAACAACGCGAUCGUCAUCAAAGAACAGCGGCGGCAGCGGUGCAUAAUAGCUAUCGUUAUCAGUAA